ACCCGGGCAACCUGACAUCAGAGUGACGGCACUUCCCGUUUUAAAAUCUUUUAGACCGGAUCCAUCCAGCUGCAUGCCCCAUUUUGAGGCCUCUUAACUGAGAGCUCAGAGAGGAGAGGCUGAGAUCUCUCUGUUACUCACUCUCUUUCUCUUAUGCAUGCACACACACACACAUAGAUAUUUCUGCUUUUUUGCAGCAGAGUACUAGAUGCAGUGGAAAAGGCUUCCAUAGUAAAGUGCACUUCAGUGUAAAAAGCCACUUUUCUAUGUUUAAAGAGAGAGAGAGAGAGAGAGAGAUAGAGAGACUUACAAGUAGCAAGUAAGCAGUGUCGCUCUCUUAGGUUUCAGAAUGGCCUCUGACGAUGGUGUGAGCUACAUCGUGCCCGGAGGUUUUGGAGAAAAGCACCGGCGGGCCAGGAACUGGACCGACUCGGAGAUGAAGGCCCUGAUCUACGUCUGGGAGGAGUUCUACGGCGCGCUCAAGGGCUCCAAGAGGAACGCCAAGAUCUACGAAAAGAUGGGCAACCGACUCUACGAGAUCACAGGGGAACACAGGCACCGCGAGGAGAUCAAGAUGAAGAUUACAAACAUGUCUUUCCAAUACAGGAAACUGAAGCAUACGACCAAUGGCGUAGGCUCAUCAGACUGGCCCUACUACAAGAUGAUUGAGAGGAUCUUAUCAAAACCCCCUGGCUGUGGGAAAGACGAACCGCUAGACCCCCAUCAGGCUGGACCGUCCUCCGAGAACCCAGAGGUGUCUGUGCCUGUGCCGGGAGCCUCACCUGUGCACGGUUUCAUCCCUGAGUACACAGGCUCUUCCGACGAGAAGGACCUCAUAGACGACGAGGAGCUGUCUGACAGCUCUAUGAGCUUGCACUCAGCAGAUUCCAGGAGCCAUACGUUCCCGGCGAAACGGAGACGCGUGCCGCAGCCAUCGCCCUCUCCCUCGCUGCGGAAGAGGAAGGUACGUGUGCUGGAGGCCAUGUUGCAGGAGCAGCGGAAGAUGCGGCGCGCCAUGGAGGAGACGUGCCGCGAGGUGCGCCGCGUGGUGCAGCAGCAGAACCUGCUGCAGGUGCAGAGCCAGCAGCUGCAGGAGCGCAUGAUGAACCUGCUGGAGAAGAUGGUGUGGCCCCGAGAGGCGCUGCCGGCCCCAUCACCGGCUGCGGGCCUGAAGAGCUGAUAAGCCGCACUGGGGGACAGAAGUACGGAGGCCUGGGAGGGACAUGUAGAGCGUUACACAAGGCUUCUCUUUUAUUGUGUACAUAUACCCUUCAUGUUGACAGGGCGUCAUACUUGCAUCUUUUCAGUGAUCGCAGCUAAGCCAAAAACUGGGGACAUUUCACUCCAUACAUUUGUUCUGCCUCACGUUUGUUCCUUCACUUAAGGAGCUAAAGACCUAAAUAAUGUCAGACCAUUUAAUUAGGAAAUGUUAUUCCUGGAGAAGUAAGACUGCAUGGUAUAUCCGUGAUUUGGAGGAGGACUGUUCCAUGGAAUUUCUCAUUGUUUCACUAAUGUAAUGUUCACUAAUGUAUGUUAAAACACAAUGAUACACUGCUCCACUGCAAUUACAUUAGCAAAACAAAAAUCUAUGUUUCUUUCUGUGGCAUGCCAAAGCUAUUUGUUCUCAAAUUAUUUCUGUUGGCUGGAAGGUAGA